UGCUGUAAUCCUGCUUUGUCUUUCAUCAUGCCAAAACCUGUAGUAGGAUACUGGAAUAUCCGUGGUCUUGUGGAACCCAUAAGAUAUAUUCUUCACUACAAUAAUGUUGAUUUCGAAGAUAAAAGGUACCCAUUAUCUGACCGUCAAUUAUGGGAAAAAGAGAAGUUCAAUUUGAACUUGGAUUUUCCUAACUUACCCUACUACAUUGACGACGAUGUCAGAUUGACUCAAAGCGUCGCCAUUUUGAGAUACCUGGCAGAAAAGUAUGGACUUGAUGGCAAGACUAAAGCAGAGAAACUCCUUGUGUCUUUAGCCGAACAACAAAUUAUUGAUUUUCGCACAAGUUUUGGCCGACUCUGCUAUGAUCCAAAUUUUGAAAAAACUAAGCCAGAAUUUGAGAAAAAAGUUCCAGUUCAACUGAAGUUUGUUGCUGACUUUCUUGGCAACAGAAAAUACUUAGCAGGCGAUUCACUUACCUACGUUGAUUUCAUGGCUUAUGAUACUCUCGACUACUACCUGUACCUCAUUCCUAAUGUAUUUGCCGACUUUCCAGUAUUGAAAGAGUAUCAUCAGAGGAUUCGAAACUUACCAGAGCUCCAGGCAUAUCUGAAGUCAUCACAGUACCAAAGAUGGCCAUUUUUCUCUCCGGAAGCACAGUUUGGAGGCAAAGGUCCAGAACCAAAACAAGAGUGACUUUAAAUCUUUUAAUUAUAUUUCUAUUUAAGAUAUCGCACAAUGAUUUGUUAAUAGUUCUGUACGAAUUUUUUAAUAGUUCAAUAUGAAUUUAUUAAAAAUUGUUUCAAUUGUAUAUAUUAACUGAAUUUUGCAAUUUUUGCAAGCAUUUGUAACAAAAGUUCCAAUUUUCGAUUAUUAGUUUACUUCUUCAAAAAUGUUUUAAAGGCAAUAAAGCUAAAGUACGAAAUUUGUAAUGACUGUCUAA